AUGAGAAGCGCAGAAACAGAAAAUGGAAUGAUGCUGACAAGCUGGAUUGGAAGCAAAUCUACCGACUUUGAAGUUCAUCGCAACUGGCUUGCGAUCACUCAUUCUCUCCCGGUCAAGGAAUGGUACUAUGAGAAAACAUCAGAAUGGACCCUGGAUUAUCCUCCGUUCUUUGCUGGGCUAGAAUGGUGUCUAUCCCAGAUUGCUGCAUUUAUGGACCCGGAUAUGCUCAAGGUGCAGAACCAAAACUAUGACUCCUGGCAAACGGUGUACUUCCAGCGGAGCUCAGUUAUUAUUCUUGAGCUGAUGCUUGUUUAUGCCUUGAAUAGAUAUAUCAAGUCUGCACCGAACCAAGCGGCUAAAGAACUGGCCCAUGCCGCCAGCUUGUCAAUUCUACUCUCUCCUGGCCUGCUGAUCAUUGACCAUGUUCAUUUCCAGUACAACGGGUUCUUGUAUGGGAUUCUUAUUCUUUCAAUUGUCCUGGCACGAAGACAGUCUACCCUGUUAUACAGUGGCAUUACCUUCGCUAUUCUCCUCUGUUUUAAGCACAUAUACCUCUACCUAUCGCUGGCAUGGUUUGUUUUUCUCCUGCGAGCCUAUUGCCUCCACCCAAGCUCCAUGUUCAGGCCUCAAUUUGGCAACAUCGCGAAGCUUGGAGUGGGGGUUGUGGGCGUUUUUGCUGCAGCAUUCGGACCGUUUGCAAAAUGGGGUCAGCUUUUGCAACUCAAGGACAGGCUUUUCCCAUUUUCCAGAGGCCUAUGCCAUGCCUAUUGGGCACCGAAUAUCUGGGCAAUAGAUUACAAAAGAGUAUACCUUUGGGCUGACGUUUGUAUUCCAAGCUGUGAGUUCACCACACCCGUGGGCCAACUUACAUAUAUAACUACGAAAGAGGACUACGAGACUAACUACAUCCAGCUAUGCCUUGUGAAGUUGUGGUUCCAACCUGACUGGGAUACCUUUGUGGGGGCAGUGACCAACUGUGCAUUUGCAGCCUUUCUCUUUGGCUGGCACGUCCAUGAGAAGGCCGUUCUUCUGAUCAUCAUCCCGUUUAGCCUGCUGGCUCUCAAGGACCGGCGAUAUCUAGGGGCCUUCCGCCCACUCGCAGUGGCUGGCCACGUCUCCCUGUUCCCACUUUUAUUCACCGCUGCCGAGUUUCCUGUCAAAACCGUUUACACCAUCUUCUGGCUGGUGCUGUUUCUUUUCGUCUUUGGCCGCCUUGCACCCGCCCCAUUGAGACCUCGUGUAUUCUUACUUGAUCGAUUUUCGCUGCUCUACGACACUGUAUCGAUACCUCUGAUUGUCUAUUGCUCACUGGUACAUGGAAUAGUGUUUGGAAAGCGAUAUGAGUUCCUUCCGCUAAUGUUUACCAGUGCAUAUGCUGCUGUGGGCGUCCUGGGGAGCUGGGCAGGGUUCAUGGUAGUCUAUUUCACUACUUAG